UUGCAUUGGGAAACCUCUAGCAAUGUAGUAUCCUUGCAUCUAUAAAUACAUGUAUAUUUAGGUUGACAAGCAACACAAGUCUUCACGUUUCUGAUAACUUUCUUGCUCAACUAGUCUUUUGAGGAUUUGUUUUCUUGUUCAUUCAUAUCAAAUAAUGGGUUUCCGUUUGUCAGCAAUUGUGCGUGCUAAGCAAGUCCUUCAGCUUUCUCCAUCCGCAACAAGCCAAGCAGCUUCUAAUGUCCCAAAGGGCUGCCUAGCAGUUUAUGUUGGAGAAAUCCAAAAGAAGAGAUUUGUCAUUCCAAUAUCAUACUUGAACCAGCCUAAUUUUCAAGAGUUGCUAAGUCAAGCUGAAGAAGAAUUCGGAUAUGUUCAUCCUAUGGGUGGUCUAACAAUUCCUUGCAGAGAAGACAUUUUCCUUGCUGUCAUUUCUUGCUUAAGUCAGUCGUGAAAGCAGUCAAUGGCAAAGAUCAAAUUUAACGCUUUUUUUUUUUCGUGUGAGAACACUGUUGAAUUAGACAUUUAUGAGCAUCAUGUACAGACUACUGUGCAUACCUUUUUUCUUCCUCAGGGAAAUGAAUAUGUUUCACAGUUUUUGAAAACUGUGUUAUUGCAGUUUUGUCAAACCCGUUUUCCAAUUUGGAAAGGGAAUUGACAAGCAUUAAUCAAUGAUUUUUUUAUUCA